CCUGUACUGUCUGCAGUCUCUGGUCAUCCCCUGUACUGUCUACAGUCUCUGGUCAUCCCCUGUACUGUUUGCAGUCUCUGGCCAUCCCCUGUACUGUCCGGAGUCUCUGGUCAUCUCCUGUACUGUCUGCAGUCUCUGGUCAUCCCCUGCACUGUCCGCGGUCUCUGGUCAUCCCCUGUACUGUCUGCAGUCUCUGGUCAUCCCCUGUACUGUCUGCAGUCUCUGGUCAUCCCCUGUACUGUCUGCAGUCUCUGGUCAUCCCCUGUACUGUCUGCAGUCUCUGGUCAUCUCCUGUACUGUCCGCAGUCUCUGGUCAUCUCCUGUACUGUGUCCUCCUUCUCUGGUCAUCUCCUGUACUGUCCGCAGUCUCUGGUCAUCUCCUGUACUGUCCGCAGUCUCUGGUCAUCUCCUGUACUGUCCGCAGUCUCUGGUCAUCUC